AACCAUUUUAACAACAUGGCGUCCUUGAGCGAGCAAGGAAAAGUUAGAGAACUCUUCAAUAAAAUGACUCUUGGAGUCGUUCGUACUUUAGCCGUCCAAGUAUUACCGAUGUCCGAUUACUAGAUAGAAAGCCAGCUGAAAAAGGGAUUAUUGACGCUUGGGAGCAAGCACACAUGAAUAUAAUCCCUGAAGAUUUAAAAAACUUCUUCUUGACAUCUAAUGGCCUUCUAAUUCAAUGGAGCAUCAAAUUUGGAGGGAGUAAUUUGAACUUGGGUAAAAUGGAAAUCAACUCAGUAGCAGGUCUGACGUCAUUAACACAAAAUAUAUCCAACAGUGAUGACAAUCCAUCUUUAAGGGACGUUGAUACAAUAUCUGAUGAAAAAGAUGACCAUGGACAUAUAAAACCACAUUUUGAUGGCCGUAGUAAAAUAUACGAGCUUGAUUCUUGUAAUGGAUGUGGUAAAGUAUGUUUGGUCUACAAGGAUCUAAAAGCUGGGGUAACGACUAGCAAACCAGAAGUGUGGUUCUUAGAUUGUGCUUUGGACUGGUUUUACCUAGCAGAUAGUUUUUCUUCAUAUUUUCGAAUGAUGAUCAUUCAUCUUGGUCUUCCUCUAUGGCAGUUUAUAUUCACAAGUUCAGGGAUAAGCCCUGAAACAAAGCAAUGGUUCAAUCUUUAUGCACCCAUGAGACUUGCCCUGGACGCACAACUUUCCAACCAUGAUACAUCUGAAAGUCCUUCAAAUAAUUCAGAGAAUAAACUAGAUAUUAACAGACUCUUUAGAGGUAAAGGUGACAAGUCRAAAGGACGACAAGCACCGUCUAAGAAAAGCUCAUUACCAAAUAGAAAUGCGAGUACUAGUCAGGGACGCACAGGGGCUUUAACUAGAGGCAUGACGAGGUAACCCGGGGUUGAACUGAGGUUGAACUUYAUUGGUCCUCUUCUCAAAGCACAUGGGUUGUAUGUACACAAAUGUUCUYACAAUGGAACCCCGUUAAUGCGGCGACCGAAUGGACUUCGAAAAGUGGUCGCACUAAGGGGGUGGCCGUUUUAAGCGAGCAGAAAAGUAUGAGGGCUUAAUUCAACGGGAUAUAGAAAUCCGGUCGUUAUAACGGCGAUGGCCGUAUUAAGCGAGUGGUCGUAAGGAGUUUUGUCUGACCAAGCGAGCCCUCAUAUUGCACUGGAAUAAUUUAUAAUAUUAAAUGUGUUAUGUUCGAAAAUGUUUUCUACUGUUAUGAUAUUCAGACACUAUCAAAUAGCUUAUGGUUUAUUURAUUUAUUUUUUCUGGCUGCAUUUCUAAAARAUAACGAAAAAUGAUCGGGCAGGCAUAGGUAGAAAACGAAUUGUACCGUAAAUCAAAAAUAUACGACCUAUACACGGACUAACGUGCGUACGCAUGGCGACUUCAGGGUCUUACGAGGCACCAGCCACAAAAAUACAGACGAAAAGUUCAAGAUUAAUGAUGUAAAUAUAUUACUAUAUCUCCCCAUGUUUAUUAUAAAAAAAACUUUUAUUGAAAAAUGACAUUAAUGAAAAAUAAUCAUCAAAAUACAAUGAGGUGAACCAAUVCUUUUGUACUYGGUUAAGUGUUUAUCAUUUAAUCACCAAAGGUGCAAUAUUCGUUUUGAAGUACACUUUCCAAAUACGUUAUUAAAAUUAUUUAAGUGUUGUGAUCA